GCAGGAGGGGGACCGGUAUAAAGCAGCAGGCACCAGCGCUGCUCUACCUCACACGCAGCGCCGGCGCAGUCUGCUCUGCCCCCUCCGGCCAGUUCACCAGCGCUAUGACACCGGGGACACAGGCCCCCUUUUUCUUGCUGCUUCUACUGCUGGUGCUUACAGGCCAGAAGAAUGGCGUCACCUUAUCUCAGAGCAGCCUCACCACACCAGCCUCAGCUGCCACCACAGGCUACAGUGUCACCUUCACUACAGCCACUGGGGCUGCUACCACCUUUACAGUCCACACCGGCACCUCAGCCCCAGCUACCAGCUCUGCGUCAGGGUUAGACACCACUAAGGUCCGCCACAGCCUCUCAGCCCCAGCCACCAGCUCUACAGAAGCGGCCACCUCUACUGUCCACACCGGCACCUCAGCCCCGGCCACCACCAGCUCUACAGAAGCGGCCACCUCUACUGUCCACACCGGCACCUCAGUCCCGGCCACCAGUUCUGCAGAAGUGGCCACGUCUACAGUCCACGAGAGGACUUCAGCGCCAGUCACCAGCUCUGCGUCAGGCACGGGCACCCCUACAGUCCACAGUAGCUCCACAGCACUGGCCACCACCAGCUCUAUAUCUGCCUCAGCCACUACCUCAGUCCACGAGGGGACCUCAGCCCCAGCCACCAACUCUGCCUCAGGCCUAGCCACCACUCCAGCUCACAGUGGCUCCUCUGCUGUGGCCACCACAACCCCAGUCAGCAAGGAGUCUCAGUCCUCAUUGCCCAGCUACCAGUCUCCUACUUCCACCCCGCUUGCCGGCCCCGGCAGCGGGACGACCACUGGUAGCACUGACCAUGACACGGCGCCUCCCUCUCCUCCCUCCAGUCCUCCUCAGCUGUCUGGUAUGGUCUCUCUCUUCACGCUGUCUUUUGAGAUUUUGAACCUUCAGUUUAAUUCUUCUCUGGAAGAUCCCAGCACCCACUACUAUCAAGGGCUGGAGAAGAACAUUUCUGCGCUGUUUUUGCAGAUCUAUGGACAGGAUUUUCUGGGCCUCUUGAGUAUCAAGUUUAGGCCAGGGUCUGUGGCGGUGGAGUCAGUGCUGCUGUUCCGGAAGGGCACUGCCAGUGACCAGAGCGUGAGCUCACAACUCAUGGGGAGUAUAGCGGAAGCCAAAAGAUACUAUCUGGACAUUUCACAAGUCAGGGUGAGUGAGGUGCAGGUUCCUUCUUCCACUGCCCAGUCCGGGGUGCCAGGCUGGGGCAUCGCCCUGCUGGUGCUGGUCUGCGUUCUGGUCCUGCUGGCCAUGAUCUACUACGUCACCCUGGCUGUGUUUCAGUGCCGCCGGAAGAGCUAUGGGCACCUGGACAUCUUUCCGACCCGGGACACCUACCACCCCAUGAGCGAAUACCCCACCUACCACACACAUGGGCGCUACGUGCCCCCCGGCAGCACCAGACGCAGCCCAUAUGAGGAGGUUUCUACAGGAAAUGGCGGUGGCAGCCUCUCUUAUACCAACCCGGCAGUGGCAGCCACUUCUGCCAACUUGUAGGAGCUGGUCACCUGCUUGGCGGUGGGCAGAAGUGCCAGUCUCAGGUCUUCACUGCCAGAGCCCCGUCCGCAGGUCUGGGCUGGUGAUCUGGGAGCUCAGGUGGGCUGCUCACAGCUUUUCUCAGAGGCUCUGCCAAGCCUCCUGCCCACCUCAUCCUGGUGAAGCCCAGCCCUGCCCUGGGGAAAAUGCCUGGGGCAGCGGGGCAGCAGGAAGUUGGCCCUUCCGGGAGGACUGGUCCAAGGAGCCUGGAGUGUGGGAACCCAAACACGACCCAAUAAAAUGUGUCCCCUG